AUCCAUCUGCCUAAAUACAGGAGAGCCUCACCUCAAUGUCACUGUGUCUCGUUACCAGCAGAUUGGCAGCAAAAUAAAACUAAUUUCUCCAAAGGAUUUACUAUCCAACAAAACCUUGAGGACAGCAAAUAUCCAGAAAGCAGUCAGAAAAGGUUUGAGGGGUCCUAGCUCUACACAGGCAACAGCAGACCCUCUGGACCUCUGGAUUUUAGAUACAGUCCAAGAUGUGGAAGAAGUCGAAGAUCACAGACCAGACGGCAAACGGCCAAGGUCCUGAGCAGGACAUGACCCACAAGAAAAGAGCUGGCAUCAAAAGGAAAUCCAAAGUUCCAGGAGUGAUGAUCACACAGUAUGUAGAGGAACUACCAGAAGGGAAGAGCACCCCAGACUUCCUACGCAAACCCAUAGCUUUAACCAUCCAAGAGGGGAAGUUAGCUGUUUUUAAAGCAAGGGUGAGUGGGGAUCCCAAACCAGAGGUGACAUGGAGACGAGCUCAGGGAGAUAUGUCAAACAUGGAGAAAUUUCAAAAUAAAUUUGAUGAAGCUACUGGUGAAUACCAUUUAGAGAUGCCGAAAGUAACCAGUGAGGAAGCAGACACCUACAAAUGCUAUGCAUCCAAUGAAUAUGGGAAGGCUGUCUGCACUGUAAUAUUGAAUGUCAUAGAGGUCGGAUUCAAGAAAAAGAAGGCUAUGGAAGAGAUGGAUGCCUCAUCAACAAACCCAACAGAGUUUAGAAAAUUGCUGAGAAAAAGGGCUAAGGGAGAGAAGAAAGAAGAAAAGCACGAUGGAGAAAUCGAUGAGAGAUUCUGGGAGGUCAUCAUGAGCGCAGAUAGGAAGGAUUAUGAGCGCAUUUGCGCCGAGUAUGGCGUCAAAGACUUCCGUGUAAUGCUCAAGAAACUCAACGAGAAGAAAGAAGAAAGAGAGGUGGAGCAGGCCAAGUAUGUUGAGUACCUCAGUAACUUGAAACAUAUUGACCUGAAAGGAGAUGGCUCUGCCAGCUUUGAGUUUGAGAUGGAGCUCAAAGAUCCAACCAGUAGAGUUUUCCUCUACAAGGACGGUGUGAUGUUACCUUUCAGCGAUGAAAUGGCAAUGAAACACAACCUGAAGACUGUAGGAAAAAAGUUAAUCUUCACUGUCAAAGACCUCUUGCCAGAAGAUGCUGGACUGUAUCAAGUGGAUGUUGAGGAGGUCAAUGUUUUCUCCACUGACUUCAAGAUUCCCUGCGUUGACUUCAUCGUCAAGAUCCAAGAGGUGAAAGCCAAAGAGAGAGAGGAUGCCCUCUUUGAGUGUGUCUUGUCCCAUCCAAUAGCCAGGAUCAAGUGGACAGGCAAGAACAGCCCCCUGGAGCAUGGUGACAAGUACAGCAUCAGUGCAUCAGAGGACAAACUGAUUCACAGACUGCUGAUCAAGGACUGCAUGCAGUUGGAUAAAGGCAUUUACUCUGCUUCAGCUGGCAUAAAGUCCUGCAGUGCUUGGCUGAUGGUGGAAGCUGACACUGAACCUGCACCCACUGGUAAAAAGAAGGCCCGCAAAACAACCCAAGCAGGAGGGGCAGGGGUUGAUUUGGAGAAGCUAGCUGAGGAGCAGCAGGGUAAACUGCAGAAGGAGAAGGAGGAGAGAAUUGAAGCCAUCAUCAAGGCCAAAGAAGAACAGCAGGCAACAAUUGCUGAAAAUGUGGUUGAAGAGAAGGCUGCCGAUGAUAGUGCAUUAGUUGAAGACCCCCCAGUGGGAAGGGACACAUCUAAAGAUAAACAAACAGAGAUACCCCCCAAAAAACAAGAACCUCCUGUGGUGAAAAGUUCAAUUAGUGAUGGGGGCCAAUUGAAACCUGUAAAGGAGGAGCCAAAAGUAGAUGCAAGUCCUAAACCUGUUAAAACAAGUCCAGUUGUUCCUAACAAAGUCAUAGCACCACCAAAAAGUGAUGUACCUGAACCAGACACACAAGCAAGCGAGGGUGACAACUCUGGACGUAAGAGAAAUACUGGUCCACCAGUUUCAGACAAGGUCAUUGAUCCAAAAGAGGGUCAAAGUGGGCCAGAAGAGCCUGAGGAGUCACCUGAGUCUAACAAGAGCUCAGGACGUACAAGGCAGGGCCCACUACUGAAAGAUACAGUGAUUGGCCAAAUCACAGAUCCAAAAGAGGGUCAAAGUGGGCCAGAAGAGCCUGAGGAGUCACCUGAGUCUAACAAGAGCUCAGGACGUACAAGGCAGGGCCCACUACUGAAAGAUAAAGUGAUUGGCCAAAUCACAGAUCCAAAAGAGGGUCAAAGUGGGCCAGAAGAGCCUGAGGAGUCACCUGAGUCUAACAAGCGCUCAGGACGUACAAGACAGGGCCCACUACUGAAAGAUACAGUGAUUGAUCCAGGAGUUCAGUUUGUCAGUGGGCUUUCCGACGUUACUGCCUUGAUGGGCCAGCCUGCUGAGCUCCUCUGCAAGGUGAACAGUGAACAAUGUGAGGGUGCCUGGUUCCGAGAUGGCAAAAAGAUAUCUACAGAGGAUGGCCUUACAAUAUCUAAGGAUGGAUCAACCCACAAGCUGCUCAUCAACAGCUGCCAGGAGGAACACUCAGGGAAAUACCGUUUUGAGGCAGAUGGACGUAAAACUGAAGCAAUGCUCAAUGUUAAAGAUCCCCCUAGGUUUGACCAAAAUGACCUGGAUGCAUUCUCCAAGCCUGUGACAGUCAAAGUUGGUCAAAAUGCAAUUUUCAAGCUGCCUUUUGUUGGCUGUGAGCCCAUGAAGAUCCAGUGGUACAGAGAUGGAGAGGAGCUUCUGGACGAGAGCAAUGUUAAGAUAGAGAAGUCAACAAGCCACAGCCGUCUGCUCCUUAGCAAAUGUCAACGCAAAGAAACAGGAGAGAUCAAGAUAAGACUCAAGAAUGAGCAUGGAAUCCUUGAAGCUGUGUCUAAACUCAUUGUGCUUGACAAGCCUACCCCGCCCCAGGGCCCUGUGGAGGUGCUGGAGAGCUCUGCUGUCUGCAUAGACAUCAAAUGGAGGUCACCAAAGGAUAAUGGUGGGCGCCCAGUGAAGAACUACCUGCUAGAACGCCAACAGGUGGGGCGUAACACCUGGAAAAAGAUUGGGGAGAUCCCUGGUGUACCCACCUACAAGGAUACAGAUGUGGAUCAUGGAAGGAAGUACUGUUAUCGUAUACGAGCUGUUACCGAGGAAGGCAUCAGUGAGAUGAUAGAAACGGAUGACAUCCAAGCUGGAACUUUGGCCUUCCCUGGAGUCCCUGCUCCACCAAAAGUGGUCAGUGCUUCAAACACCUGUAUAAACCUAACAUGGACUGCACCCUCCAACACUGGUGGCUCACGCAUCGUAGGCUAUACCCUUGAGAAGCGCAAGAAGGGGAGUAAUCUUUGGAGUUACGUCAACCCAACUGAGGAGCCAAUACAAGAAAAGAAGUAUGUCGUAAAAGACAUUGCAGUAGGGAUGGAGUAUGAGUUCAGAGUGACUGCAAUCAAUGUUUCUGGACCUGGCGAACCUAGCAACCCUUCAGAGUUUGUGUUUGCAAGAGAUCCUAAGAAGCCCCCAGGAAAAGUUGAAGAUCUAAAGGUGACAGACACGAGCUACACCACCCUGUCUCUAUCAUGGACUAAACCAAGAGAGGAGAAGGGGGUCCAAGAUGAUCCCAAAGGCUAUUAUGUAGAAGUCCGUCAGGCUGAGAGCCUUGAAUGGGCCCGUUGUAAUGUCACCCCCAUCCUCCUGACCUCCUUCACUGUCAAAGGCUUGAAAGCAUUGUCUAUGUACUGGGUCAGGGUUAUUGCCACCAAUGAGGGAGGCGAUGGUGUGCCCCAAGACAUGGACAACUACAUUCUGGCUAUGCCCCCACCUGUGAGACCACGCUUCACAAACAACAAGGUGAAGAGUUUUAUGGUCGUGAGAGCAGGAAACACAGUCAGGAUCACAAUAAACUUUGAGGCCUCUCCGUGGCCAGAAGUGGACUGGCUGAAGGACAAUGUUCCUGUGACCAAGCGGGUAACCAUCAGCAACUCUGAUGGGUCAUCACAGAUGCUUAUUCCUUCUUCUGAGCGCUCAGAUUCUGGGGUCUACACUAUUAUGGUCAAAAACCUGGUGGGCCAGGAGACCUUCAGUGUGGAAGUCAGGGUUACAGAUGAUCCAAAGCCUCCUGGACCAGUGGAGCUGGAGGAGAACGUCCCUGGCACAGUGACAGUGAUCUGGGAGUCGUCCCCUGAUGAGAAGCGGGACGACCACCUCCACUACACGGUCUCUAAACUUGAAUCAACCAAAAACACCUGGAGCUCGGUGGCCGAUAGGGUUUUCAACAACAAGUACACCGUUUGCAACAUCAUGCCCGGAAGGGAGUACCACUUCCGUGUCUAUGCCAAAAAUGACAUGGGCAUGUCAGCACCGUCUGAGUCACCUACCUGGGGCAUAGAAAGAAGGAAAGAAAAGUUUGUGGUGAACAUGCCAAUCUACAAGACCUGUGAUUUGAGGAGCCCUCCAGCCUUCCUCGUUCCGCUAAAGCAGCACAAUGCUCCAAAAGGCUAUGAGUGUUAUAUCAGCUGUGCCGUGAAGGGUGAUCCCAAGCCUCGCAUCACCUGGUACCGCAAUAACGUCAGCCUCAACACAAACACCAACUACUACAUCUCCAACAUAUGUGGUGUAUGCUCCUUGUUGAUCCUCCAUGUGGGGCCCAAGGAUGUGGGCGAGUACACCAUCAUAGCAGAGAAUGCCAUGGGCAGGGCUGAGUGUUCCACCAAGUUCUCUGUCAGAGAAUGAAGAAAAUGCCAUUCUCAUAGUUUUAUAUAUUCCAUGUUUUGAUGUUUCAUCAUGUUGGGUGUGAUAUUGAAAUGAAUGUCUUGGUUGAAAAAAUUAUCUUAAUGCAUGGCUAUGCUGUGCAACAUUGGAAACUGAAAGCGUGUCUUUAAUACCCUAUCUGACAAUUACACAAACGAAAUCCACAUCCAUGGAGGCAUAAUACCAUUAUAACGUAUUGAUUACAUUUUAAAAACACGAGUUUCAACAUUUAUAAAUUUGAUUCAACAUUCCUCUGGAAGCCCAUUCGUGACUGAAUAAUAAUAAGCAUUGAUGAAAACUGCUUCUCGUGAAGGUGAGAAACCCAAUGCAGGUUAGGGUGAAAAGUAACCUGACAACAAUGUAACAAGUAACAAUGUAACAAUGUUCAAGUAAACAAGUACACAAGUAGCAAUAUUCAUAGCUAAACUUUUGAGCUAUGAACAUUGCUCUAUGCCUAAAAAACAAAGAAUAAACCAUUGUCAAAAAUAUGA